UAAAUCAUACUAAGUGGAAAGAGGAAAGAGCCGGCGGGGGAUUAGGAAAAAAUUAGAACACUGAACAUUGAUAGAUAUAUACUGGCGCAGCCACUGGCUGAUGAUGGAUAAAUAGAUCGAACAUCUCUGUCUCUUUCAAUUUCCCAUAGCUCCUCUGUCUUUCUUCUAUCUUCUUCUCGUCCUUUUCUCAUCUACGACUAACAAACAAGCAGCCGAUAAGACUGCUUAUAUACCACGCCCCACCACCACCAUUCGUCGAAAGCUGAAAAGGUGAAACCAUCCUCCACUCCAAAUUACUGAAUUUACACUCCCUUUCCUUCCUACUUCACUCACCCGCUACUCCGAGCUUCUAUUUGAGGAAAGUGUCCGCCAUGGCUCCCCCGCCGCAGGAUCACCGGCAGCCCCUACUCGCCGGCGAGGGGCCGGACGAGCGGGAAGAAACGGCGUACGAAUCCUCCGAGAGAAUCCACAUAGUCGGGGUUGAUUCCGACUCCGACGCGUCCGAUUUCGCGCCACCCUUCUCGUGGAGGAAGCUCUGGCUCUUCACUGGGCCUGGGUUCCUGAUGUCCAUAGCUUUUCUUGAUCCGGGGAAUUUGGAAGGCGAUCUUCAGUCCGGUGCGAUUGCUGGCUACUCCUUGCUCUGGCUGCUGAUGUGGGCAACCGCGGUUGGGCUUCUCAUUCAGAUGCUCUCGGCUCGUCUCGGCGUGGCGACCGGCAGGCAUUUGGCCGAGCUCUGCCGGUCGGAGUACCCGACUUGGGCCCGGAUGCUGCUCUGGAUUAUGGCUGAGCUGGCUCUCAUCGGAGCUGAUAUUCAGGAGGUUAUUGGGAGUGCUAUUGCGAUUAAGAUUCUGAGUAAUGGGUAUUUGCCCUUGUGGGCUGGCGUUGUCAUCACCGCUCUUGAUUGUUUCGUGUUCCUGUUUCUCGAGAACUAUGGUGUGAGGAAAUUGGAAGCGUUCUUUGCUGUUCUAAUCGCUGUAAUGGCAAUUUCUUUUGCUUGGAUGUUUGGUGACACGAAACCGAAUGGAACGGAACUUCUUCUGGGCAUCUUGAUUCCGAAACUCAGCUCAAAAACCAUAAAACAAGCCGUUGGAGUUGUGGGCUGCAUCAUCAUGCCCCACAAUGUGUUCUUACACUCUGCUCUAGUACAAUCAAGGGAUGUCGAUCGAAGCAAGAAGGGUCGUGUCGACGAAGCUCUUCGAUACUAUGGAAUCGAGUCCACUGCUGCACUAGCUGUAUCGUUUUUCAUCAAUUUAUGCGUCACCACUGUGUUUGCAAAGGCGUUCUAUGGCACUGAAGUAGCCAAUAGCAUUGGCCUUGUAAAUGCAGGGCAGCUUCUUCAAGAUAAAUAUGGGGGUGGCAUCUUUCCGAUUCUGUACAUAUGGGCUAUUGGAUUGCUGGCAGCGGGCCAGAGUAGCACCAUUACUGGCACUUAUGCCGGCCAGUUUAUAAUGGGAGGUUUCCUGAACUUGAGAUUGAAGAAAUGGGUUAGGGCCAUGAUCACACGGAGCUGUGCCAUCAUCCCAACUAUAAUUGUUGCACUCAUCUUUGAUUCCUCUGAGGACUCCCUGGAUAAAUUGAAUGAGUGGCUGAAUGUCCUUCAGUCAGUUCAGAUCCCUUUUGCACUUAUACCCCUUUUAUGCUUGGUCGCCAAGGAAGAGAUCAUGGGCACUUUUCGGAUUGGUCCCGUUCUUAAGACAAUUUCAUGGAUUGUGGCUGUAUUGGUUAUAUUGAUCAAUGGCUACCUACUGUUGGACUUCUUCAUGAACGUGGUAGAUGGAUUGACAGUUGCAGUAGUGGUCUGCGCAUUCACAGUUGGAUAUGUAUCAUUCAUACUCUACCUGGUGUCCCGAAACUUUACAUUUGCGUCAUGGAGCCGCCGUCAGUCUAAGCAGUUAGAUCUAAAUUGAGUGAAGAAUGAACAAUUGCUAGAUAUGUAAGGCAUGAAUCAUGCUGUGUUCUGCUUGCUGCCUCCGGGGCUUCAUACUACGGUUAUGACUUAUGACCAGAGAGUCGCUUUAUGUGCAUGAACUUCUCUGGGUAGCAUCUAAUACAGCUCCAUAGUCUGUGUGGCUUCUCCUGUAUGCCUUGUGCAGAAAGGGUCAAGGAAGAUAUCGAAGACCCACAACGCAAUGAAGUGGAUUUUGAAUCCAGCACUUGGUACUUUUCGAAGUAGUUUUUUAGCUUUGCAGCCCAGAUUGCUGGAUGGAUCAACAUUGAUCAUUGUGUGAUGAGGUUGAACCUCCAAUGCAAUCGGCUUUAAUCUUCAUGUAUCUCGUCGUCUUUCGAGUAUGACAAUGAAAUGGCAAUGCAAUGUAUCUUGUAAGAUUAUUCCCUCCCACUAUUUGCUGUAGUAUAGGUCAUCUAGAAGAUAGAUCUCUUUGAACAAGAGCAGAUAAAGAAGAGAUUAUCUCUUAACUCUGUUGCAUUGUUACAGAGUGGGCAACUGUUAGUUACUGAAGGAUUCCAACUACUAAUCUUAUCCAGAGUAUGAAUUAUUUCAAAUUAAUUAGCCA